CCGGGGACGGGCGGCCGCGGCGCCAUGGCCGAGUCCCAGCUGAGCUGCCUGGACGAGGCGCACGUGAACGAGAGGGUGACCGAGGCGCAGGCCGCCUUCUACUACUGCGAGCGGAGGCGGGCCGCUCUAGAGGCGCUGCUGGCCGGCGGCGAGCGGGCCUACCGCGAGCUGGUCCAGAAGGAGCAGCUGCGGGACUUCCUCUCCAGCCGGGAGCAACAGGCCCUCCGCGCCGCCUGGAGCCCCUACGAGGAUGCCGCCGCCGCCGCCGCUGGCCGGGGCAAGAGCAAGGCCAAGGCCAAAGCCCCGGCGCAGGCGCACGCCCGGACCGAGCCCUGCGAGUCCCUGGCCUACUGGCCCGACCGCUCCGACACGGAGGUGCCCCCGCUGGACCUGGGCUGGACCGACCAGGGCGUCUACCGCGGCGUGAGCCGCAUCACCCUCUACACCCACCCCCCCAAGGAGGAGAAGGCGCCCCACCUCAAGCAGGUGGUCAGGCAGAUGAUCCAACAGGCCCAGAAGGUCAUUGCGGUGGUCAUGGACUUCUUCACUGACAGCGAUAUCUUCCAAGACAUUGUGGAUGCUGCCUUUAAGCGCCGGGUCCCGGUGUAUAUCAUCCUGGAUGAGGCAGGCGUGAAGUUUUUCUUGGAAAUGUGUCAGGGCCUAGAGCUAACUGACUUCCGCAUUCGGAACAUCCGUGUCCGCUCUGUAACAGGUGUUGGCUUCUACAUGCCCAUGGGGAAGAUCAAGGGGACCCUGUCAUCAACGUUCCUAAUGGUAGAUGGUGACAAAGUGGCCACAGGAUCUUACAGGUUCACCUGGAGCUCCUCCUACGUGGACAGGAACCUUCUCCUCCUCCUCACAGGGCAGAACGUGGAGCCCUUCGAUCUGUUGUUCCGGGAGCUGUAUGCCAUCUCUGAGGAGGUGAACUUGCACCAGCAGCUGAACCUGGCGGAGGGUGCCGGGAGGCUGAGCCCCAACCACUCCUCCACCGUGGCUCGCAGGCUCAUCAACCCCAAGUACACCCUGGUGUCCGGCAGCCGCCAGCCCCCUGGGGAGAUGAUGCGCUGGGCGGUCCGGCAGCAGCGGGAGGCCGGCCGAGACCCCAAGGAGCAGCAGGAGGGGGGCAGCGGCGGGGAGGCGGCCCGGCGCCUGGAGAGCUUCCUGAACGACCUGGUCACGCUGGAGCAGGUGCUGCCCCCCGUGGAGCCCGUGCCCUCCAGAGAGCUGGCUCGGAAGGGCGGCCGGGUGGUCUCUCACCUGCACGUGGACCUGAAGCCCAGACCCGCGGAGGCGCUGGUCCGGAACAGCAAGGGAGAGGCUGCCAACGGGGAGGCCGCCGCAGCCAAGGACAGCAGGCGCUUCAGCAGGAGGCUCUUCGGCCGGCGGUCCAAGAGUCCCAUGGCACCCAACGGCGUGAGCAGCUCCCUCUCCACCGAGACCUUCACAGAGGUGCAGUUUGUGACGGGGAAGAGGCCCAAAGAGGGCUCCAGUGCUGACAUCUCAGUUGUCUCUGCAGGUAAAACAAGUGCCAGUCCCGCCAAGGCCAGAAAUUGUGUGAUUUCCUGAGCUGUGGGCCAGCGGUGGGGAGGACCUAUGUGUGCCCCCCGGCCCUGCCCUGUGGAGAAUUCAGGUCAAGCCCUGCACCAGUUUGCACUCCGGACCCUCACUUGCUUCCUGCCCAACAGCCUCCAUCCUGGCCUCAGGGACCCUCGAUCCAAGACGUGAGAGUCGGCAGCAUCUCAAGACGACUGCACACCCCUGCAAGACUGUCGCUGGCCAGGCGGGGGACACUCCUUCUUGUUUACAUGAAGUGGAAGCUUGACUCGUGUCUGCUCUCCUUUAUGCCAGACCCCCUCCCUCCACUGGGCCAGCCUUGCCCUGCAGGUCCCCAGAUGGGGUGAGCCCGUGUCUUCAUGCCUAAUGUGAUGGGGUCUCCAGGGCAGCCCCAGCUCCCCGACUUCUCCUUCGCUGGGCUUCCUGGUGCUCCUGAUCCCCCAAGAGGUUUGGUGGGAUAUAAAGGAAGAGAACGGAUGGGACUCUGGGCCAGGGAGCCAGUCUUGACCUAGGCUCGGCACUCAAGGUAGAAGGUGCAGCAAGGACAGCUUAGGGCUCCGGCUGCUAUGGCCUUCCUGGCCCGGUUUCUGCAGGCUCCUGUACCAGACCUGGAAUGAAAUGAGGGCCGAGCCUCACCUCAGCCAGGGGCAGAAUCUGACCCUGCCGUUCUGAGAGCCCUCACACUGAGGUCUCCUUCCCCUCCCUCCCACCAUCUCAGCAGACUCCACUCCAGCGGUCUGGACCUCCUUGGCUGUCACCCACUGCAAACACAUAUGGGGCUGCUUCUUGUGUCUUUGCCUGAGGCUGCUCCCUCCCUUUAAUAAAGUGCCUUGGUUGGCAGCCCAGGACAGGGAGAUA